UCACGCUGUCAUGGGAACGAGGGGCGUAAACCCAGCCCUAUAUAAAUUCGUGGUGCCACGUUCAAUCCAUGAGAAUGUGCACUAGCAACUACACAGGACAAAAAAAGACAUGGCAAAAGUUCUAAUUCUAGGCGCAGUCAGUGCAGCCACCGGUAUCGCUGCAGCCCCCUUGGUCGUGGGAGCCUUGGGUUUUACGGCAGCCGGCAUUGCAGCGGGGUCUUUGGCCGCCUCUCUCAUGUCCUCGGCCGCUGUUGCAGGUGGCGGGGCAGUAGGCGCUGGCAGUACAGUUGCAGUAUUGCAGUCGAUCGGGGCUGCUGGUUUGGGAGCGGCCGGCACAGGGGUGGCUGGCACGAUUGGAGCAGCCGCUGGGACCCUGUUUGCGCUGUUCUAAAGGGAGAGCGAGGCUCGUGAUUUAAAAACUGUUAAUCCAUACUAGAGCUUGCAAUGCCUUCUUGAUCCCAAAUAAAAGCGACAGUAAAAACCCUGCCUUGCCUGUCUUUGGUCUAUUUUUCAGCAUAUUGUUCAGGCAGCAAAAGUCAAAAUGUUUGUCAGUUUUAUCUUUUUAGUGUAUGUCAAUAAAGGAAAAUUAUUAAUGACAA